AUGAUUAUGCAACACUUAGCCACCCCUAACGAGGUGGAGAACAGUGAAAUACCCAACAAUGACUUUUGUAGGAUUGACAACGACGUUGAGGAUGCUAUGAAUGCACGAAAAAGCAAAGAUGGUGAAGAUAAAAGAUUGGAUAAAAAGAGACCAGCACCUAGCACUAGGGAGGAAAAGGAUUCGAAGUGCAAAAAAUUCUCAGGGAGCCAAGCUGACAGAUCGUCUCGUCGUCUGGUAAGCCCAGGCAGGUAUAAUAACUACACCCCUCUAAACACAUCUGUAGAGCAGGUAUUUCUACAUUUUCAAGAUGACUCAUCAUUGAAAUGGCCGCCAAAGUUAAAAGCUGAUCCAAUAAAGAGGUCUCAAGAUAAAUACUGUAGGUUCCACCGCGACCAUGGACAUAAUACAGAAGAUUGUUUCGACCUCAAAAACCAGAUCGAGAACCUUGUUCGCAAGGGUCAUUUAUGCAGAUUCACGACUGGGAUAGGAAGAAGAGGCUCCAACCCAGCCCGAGAGGGCCUAGAUGAUCGCCUUCCUCAACACCAACCAAUAGGUAAGAUCAGAGUUAUAUCGGGUGGCUUCGCUGGUGGUGGCGAGACGAGUUCAGCUCGGAGGGCUCAUGCCAGGAGAAUUCGAAGUUUUUCAGAGGUGAAUAAAGUUGGAGUGACAAUUCCUCCAACAAAAUUACUGCGAGUUGAUAAGCCAAACAUAACCUUUUCUGAAGAAGAUGACAAGCGAAUUCACCAGCCCCAUGAUGAUCCUUUGGUAUUUUCCAUGGUCGUCACUAAUUUCACUGUUCGACUCAUUGGGGUGUUCGACAAAUUGAAAAUCAGCUGA